AUGCAGCCAAAUCACUACGACCUUCUCGGUCAGGUGCGCGAGCCUAGAGCCGCAAGUCAACUGACGCGCGAUGGACAGCCGCGCGACCAGCAUGGUCAUCCUGGCCAGUCUCGUUCAUCUGGUGCCCCUCUCAUGAGAUCAGAAGAUUCUUGGAUUGAACUCUCGUCACAGCCCUCGUCGUCUUCAUUAUCAUCGGCUGCAACGAACGACGAUAUCAUCACAACCGGCUUACAAGUAGAACACCGAGAGAGAGGCAUGUAUCAACAUCGCAGCCGACGACGACGGAUGCAACACUUGGCCGCCGUGGCUACUGCGCAGGUGAACUACUCAAACGGAGAAACCAGUUUCGCCAGCAGCAGCCAGGAAGAAUACGAAGAGAGCGAAAGCGAGUCGGACCCACCGAUGAGCAGCUCCAACGAAGACAUCACUCCCUCUAUACAACCAGCCGCCAUUCAUCUACCCCCAUCUCGCUGCUCGGAUGAGGCAGACAGCGAUGAUGAAGAUGACACAUCCACGGCCCUGGGGAUGAAUAUCAGUCCAUCGCCCUUUGUUCCCCAACCAAAUGUUUUCUCCCACCCUCCCGCCACGUUCGACCCCGCUAACACUCGCCCAACGGAAUCGCGCCGCUCACAACCAAGUGCUUCGUCAAAUACUCGCCGAAGGCCUUCGAUUCGUCGAGAAUCAUACCCCAUCACGCAAGGUUCUCGCCGAUAUCACCAGCUGUCACAUAGUCCCUACAACAUGAUCUCACCGUCUCAUCAUGCCGAUCAUGAUGCUGCUCUCCGCGCCAGCCUGUCGACUCUGCUCUCAUGUGCAGCUGCUGCGCGGGGAAUCCCAAAACUAGAUCAGUCCAGACCCCGAGCUGGCCCAUCCAUCACAACGCAGACACCCUCUUUUCGACUGGUAGGUGAAUCGGUGGCCAUGGGUGACGAGGAUGAUAGUGGCGAGGAGCAGCCACUCUCGCCCAGGCAGUUGAAGACGAGCCCGCCCGUGGAGCCGUCUCGCCACAGGGCACCUUUGGUGACACCACCCAGCUCGGCGUCUUCGAAAGCCAAACGACGAUCUGCGUCUCCCAAAGACCGUAGCCUGGCAAAGAAGAGUCGCAGGGCUAGCAUCUCCGAUUCUAAUGCCGCAGUCAGCCCCACGGUCAUGACAUGGGUGAUCAGUGCUGGCGUGGUCGUUCUCUUCUCUGCCAUCAGUUUUUCGGCCGGUUACAUGCUUGGUCGAGAGGUGGGGCGGGCCGAGAUGGGUAUGAUGGGUGACGGCAGUGUUCCUGGAACGCGGUCCUCCGCGGCCUGCAGCCAAGAGGCGGUUCGCGGUGGACUCAAACGAUUCCGCUGGGGCACUGCGGCAGCUGCUGGAUCAGUCAGUCUGGCCUAA